CAGAGCACCAAGAGGGGGAUGGAAAGAAGAGGAGGGAGGAGUUAGCAUAUAUCAAAAUAUUAUAUAUAUACGCAGUUCUGUCUGCUAGAAGACUGACAGAUUUUCCUCUAGCAGCCAGAGGAGGUGAGAAGAGGACAGGGAGCGCCACCUGCCCACACAUGAUGUGGCUGACUCUUCUUUACAGUUGCACCGGUGGAGCAGCUCUCCUGUACGCUCUGUACAGAUGGGUGAUCCCCACUGCUGUGCAGUAUCACGGAGGACUGGCGCUGAUGUGGCAUGAUGUCAUUGUGGAGUGGAUGCUGGACACGUUGACCCAGUCCACACGUCCUCAGCGUCUCCUGGGUGCAGUAAAGAAGAACGCCACUAGAGGGGACCCUCGUAGCGUGAUCCAGGCCAUCGAUCAGUUCUGCAGAACUAAGGAGUGGGCCAUGAAUGUGGGGGAUGAGAAAGGCUGCAUUCUUGACUCGGUGGUGUCUGAGGUGAACCCAUCCACUGUGUUGGAGCUGGGGACCUACUGUGGCUACUCCACGGUGCGGAUCGCCAGCCUGCUUCCCCCUCACGCCAAGCUCAUCACUCUUGAAUUCAACCCAGACUUUGCUGCGAUUGCUCGUCAAGUCAUCGCUUGGGCGGGAUUAGAGGACAAGAUCCAGUUAGUUGAAGGAGCGUCUGGUGACUGGAUCCCUAAAAUGAAGGAGCAGUUUGGGGUGAAAACAUUUGAUUUGGUUUUCCUGGAUCACUGGAAGGAUCGUUACCUUCCCGACACAAAGCUGAUAGAGGAGUGUGGCCUCCUCAGGAAAGGCAGCGUCCUGCUGGCCGACAACGUCAUCUGCCCCGGGACUCCGGAGUACCUGGAGUUUGUCCGGAGCAGCCCGCGGUACAAGAGCCAGUACUUCAAAUCUCACCUGGAGUACACCAAAGUGGAGGAUGGCUUGGAGAAGUCUGUCUUCUUGGGGUAGUUUUUAACAAAAAAAAGUGUCUUGUUUUUCACCGGUACUAGUCAACCUCAGACCUCUACUGUCUUGGGUUCACUGAGCAGAAGUUUAAUCUGUUUUUCUAAUAUGUAAUAGAGGCUAUUAACUUGAAAUUAAAAGUAAGGUGAAGGAA